CCUAACCAUUCGGUACCACGAAAAUUUUUGACUGAAAAUACAACUGGAUCUCAGUGAUCCAUGAUGUUUUGAUAAAUUACAGAUGUGGUUGUAUACAGAUUAAUGGUAACCGACAACUAUGGAGAAAAACAUUUCUCUCAUCACAGACUUGGUUGUUUAUGGAAUUAUUUUAAUUUUAAGUUGGUACAUGUAUAAGAUGUUGAUCAAGCCUUUUUUAUCACCACUACGAGCAGUUCCUGGAUUAGCAUACUAUCCAAUAGUAGGAAAUAUGUUAGAAGCCAGAAGAGCAGAGGCUAUGACUAAUGCUUUGAGGUGGAUGACACAGUUAAAAUCAAAAUUGAUACGAUUUUAUUGGUUUGGAGGUCAAGAAAGGUUACUUACUGGGGAUCCUAAAGUUUUCCAGCACAUACUAGUUACAAAUAGUAAAAAUUAUCACAGACUAGAUGCACAGAAUAACGAAAUUACUACAGUGACAGGAAGUCCAGCAUUAUUUGUGCUGUCUGGGGAACACCAUCAUAUGAUGAGGAAGAUUUGUAAUCCUGGAUUUGUUCUCAGUCUUCUUCAUACUAUGAUUCCAGUAUUCCAAGAAAGGGGGAAUGCAUUAUUCCAACUGUACAACCAAGCAUUAUCAGAAUCUAGGACAGACACUGCAGAUAUAGAUAUUCAAGCUACCUUAAGUCGUUUAACAUUAGAUGUGAUAUGCCAGUGUGGUUUCCAGUAUGACUUACAGUCUUUAGAGAAUCCAAAGUCAACUGGUGUAAUGAGAUUUAGACAUCUUGUGGAUUCUGUUAGAACCACUUUUGUAGAUUUACUGCCUUUUUCAAGACUACUUCCUACAAAGAAAAAUAAAAAAACAGCAAAAGAUAGAGAAUUUAUUGUAGAAUUUACCAGCAAAAUUAUUAAAGAAUACAAAAUGCAAGAAUUUAAUGAAAAUAAACAUAGAGACUUGUUAACUUCAUUAAUGUCUGCCAGAGAUUCCGAAGGAUCAGGAUUAUCCGAUAAAGAAUUAUUUGGUCAAAUCAUUGGAUUUAUUUUUGCUGGAUUUGAUACAACCGCCACAGCUAUGACCUGGAUUUUAUUACAGCUAGCACAGUAUCCAGAAAUACAAGAUAAAGUAAGAGCAGAGGUGAAUCAAGUCUUCCCAGAUAUAUCUGAAUGUGACCCGGAAAAGUUAGACAAGUUAAAAUACCUUAACUGUGUUAUUAAGGAAACCAUGAGAUUAUUUCCACCAGUUCCAUGUUUCUUUAGGAAGAGUUUACAUGAUGAUGUUAUAAAUGGCUAUAAAAUCCCGGCUGGCACUGUUGUAGGACUCCAUGUUGGUGCAUUACAUAGAUUGAACGUGGAAGAUGGAGAUACCUUUAGACCAGAAAGAUUUUUAUCACCAUCAGAUUCCAAGGCAUUUAUGCCAUUUGGUAAAGGACCAUACAUGUGUAUUGGAAAUAAAUUUGCUCAAUUGGAAAUUAAAACUGUGAUAUCAAGACUGAUCAAAGAAUUCAAGUUUGAAUGGAAACCUGGAUUUACAUUCCGUAGGGUGAUGAGUAUAACUAUUAGACCACACCCUUCAUUGGUAUUGAGAAUAUCCAAAAUAUGACAGAUUUGUAUUGAAAAAAAAUUAAAAAGUUUUAAAUACUCAUGAAAUCAAUUUGUUUUAACAAAAUACAACACUUUAUUGUCAAAACUUUUCCUAAUGAAAAGUUAUUUAUUCCUUCACUACACCUUAUUGUAUUGAUUUGCAAACCCCAUGCACUGAAACUGCAAAAAAAGUGUUUUUUUUAAGACUGUAUUCAUCUCUCAUAUUUAUUUAUUUAAAUAAAACAGAAUUGCUGGAUAGUGUAUUAUUUUAUUCUUGGGUAACAAUUAAAUUUAAAAUAAAAACAUUGGAGGAGUUCAAUGGUCAGAAAAAACAGAUUUUAUUUUUUUAGCUUUUAACUUUUAUGAUGUUUAUAUAUAUAUUUUUUAUUGUUAUUAUUAUUGAUUUAAUAUGAUUAAACGUUGAUUUUGAUAAGCUUA